GCGGCGGUGUAUUCAUUUGAAUGAUACAACUCUGAAACGCUAGCGGGACCUACACAGAGAAGAGUGCUCUGGAGUUUUACCAGUUGUUUCACGUUUUGGAUUUACACACCUGAGGAGACCCAAUGCGUCUCAACAAAAUGAACAGUGUCUCGUAUUGUGGAAGCUGGUAAGCAUGUCCGGCAACGAGAAGUCCUAAAGAUCAACCAGAAUAAAUCCAUAUGGCUUUCUGCAAUCCUGCCUGCAUUUUUCUCCUGAAAAGAACAUGAAGCAGGUGGAUAUUAUAAAUAAGGAAGAAUUAGAUAAAGAAAGAUUUCCAGUCCACUACGGAGUACAGAGCCCAUCCAAAGCAAAGCGAUUGUCAUCUUGCAAGAGGAAGGGUUGUCCGUUGGUGGAGGUGGGCUUAAAGCUGCACCGCAAAACAUCAGAUGUAGGCCGUGCCCGUGAACCCGGCAUGGCCAACAAAGAAAAUGAGCUGACGUGCACCGAUGAUGUGCGGGGCAUGCACCACAAUGACAACUGCGGGCUCCCUGUAAACUCUGCAGAGGCCUCCAAGAUGGCAGGGGCCAGCUCCAAGUACAGAGACUUCACUGAGCUAUCAAAGGACCAUGAAGCCAUGACUCACGUCCUUUUUGGAAGGAACCUCCGACUAAAAGUAGCCCAAACACUAUGGCGACGAAAUGCUAGCGAAUUAGUGGCCUACUUAAUACGAAUUGAAGACACGGGGGUGCUGCUUGACUGCUUACCUGUCUUAACAAAUAACCUUCAAACUGAAGCACCAUGUUUGUCACUUGGCUGCUGCGUUGACCUAAUGCCCCUUGUGAAAGUGAUUCUUGCCAGUAAAUAUGAAGAGAACAUUAUGGUGGGUUUACACUGGGUUCAGUCCGUCAUCAGGAAAUGGUGGCCAGAACUUUCUAAGAAUGAGAAAAGACUGCGGGACAGUUCUUCAGAAGACAGGAAUAUUGAAGUCAUGAAGCAGAGGCUGAAGGACUUGUGGAAGGAAGGGGCCCGGUUAUGUUUGGUUCCAGGAUCUACGGGAGAACUGGCAAAGGCCAUCGAGUCUUAUCUAUCGCAGCUGCCCUGACGCUUGUCAUUGUAGCUCCCUGAGGAUGUGACCACUACUGCCAGAUCAUGGCUGUGUUUUCAACUGACAAUGACGCCAGAGAAAGGGACUGGUUCAUUCGGCCACUUAAACUC